AACUUGAUUCUCUUUUCAUCCCCAUAUGUUUUCAAUACUACAAUAGCAUCUGUACUCGGCCGUCCAUUGAAUCCCCAAGCAGCUGCUGAAGCUGUGAUUAUUCUGUCUUCCUCUCUUUCAAAGUUAGAGUCUUUUUGGCCCAAGGGUAAUGGAUGUUUUAUGCUAGGUGGAAACCAGCUAUCCAUAGCAGAUCUUAGCCUCGUUUGUGAAAUAAUGCAACUCGAGGUUUUGGAUGAGAAGGACCAUGCGAUGUUAUUGGGUCCGCACAAGAAAGUCCAGCAGUGGAUCGAGAACACGAGAAAUGCUACGAGUCCUCACUUCGAUGAAGUGCAUAGAGUCCUCGUGAAAGUCAAAGAAAUACUACAAAACCGGCGGUUAAAGGCAGCGAAAAAUGAAGGUGGAUCCGACAUGAAAAAGGCAUUGCCUUCAAGAAUGUGAGUGAAAACCGUGUACUGUAUUACAAAGUAUUUGAUCACCAGAUCUUCGGCUGUUUAAUCUUUCCCCUACUCUUUACAGAGGCUGCAAUAAUGGAUGAUAAGCAACUAUUAGCUUGUAUAAG